ACAACACACACAAAUAAUGACAAAAUUUUUUUAUUUAAUUUUAUUUUCAUUUAUAUAUUACAAAUUUUUGUUUUAAUAAAAAUGAAAUUAAAUUAAAAAAAAAACAAUAGACAAAAAAUGCUUUCUUAUUUCUCAUCGAAAGCUUCUUCUUCUUCUCUCUCACUCCCUCUCCUCCUUCCCUUCUCUCACCACCGUCCUCCCAAAUUACCAUUUUGCCCUUCCUUCCCCUUCAAAUUUCCCCGGUUACCCUUCGCAUGCUACGCUAGCUCCGGCAACGGCAGCGGUGGACUUUCAAUGGACUCGCCGCCUUCUACAGACGUUGCUUCCUUAUCCCUCGAUUCCGUAGCUCGGGAUUUGCAGAAUCAGACCUUACGAGCUUCUGGUGAUGUUAGUAAUGGAAUUAAGAAGGUUAGGUUGAAUCUAGAGGAUCUGAAUUGGGACCAAUCGUUUGUUAGAGAACUUCCUGGUGAUCCCAGGACCGAUAGCUUUCCACGAGAGGUUUUGCAUGCUUGUUAUACAAAAGUUUCUCCAUCAGUUCAAGUGGAUAAGCCUCAGCUUGUGGCUUGGUCAGAAUCAGUAGCUGAGUUGCUUGAUUUGGAUUCCAAAGAAUUUGAAAGGCCAGAUUUUCCUCUCUUGUUUUCUGGAGCUUCUCCUUUGGUGGGAUCUGUGCCUUAUGCUCAAUGCUAUGGAGGACAUCAAUUUGGCAUGUGGGCUGGACAGUUGGGAGAUGGUCGGGCGAUAACACUCGGUGAGGUAAUUAAUUCUAAGUCUCAAAGAUGGGAACUGCAGCUUAAAGGUGCUGGGAAGACACCGUACAGUCGAUUUGCAGAUGGCUUUGCAGUGCUGCGCAGUAGCAUUAGGGAGUUUCUUUGCAGUGAGGCAAUGCAUAGUCUUGGAAUUCCAACAACUCGAGCUCUUUGUCUAGUCACAACUGGAAAAUUUGUUGUUCGAGACAUGUUCUAUGAUGGAAACCCGAAGGAGGAGCCAGGUGCAAUUGUUUGCAGAGUUGCUCCAUCAUUUCUGCGGUUUGGUUCAUACCAAAUUCAUGCAUCUAGAGAAAAAGAGGAUCUUGAGAUUGUUCGUAUUCUGGCGGACUAUGCUAUCAAGCAUCACUUUCCUCAUAUAGAGAAUAUGGACACAAGUGAGAGCUUAUCCUUUAGCACAGGCGAUGAAGAUCAUUCAGUCGUGGAUCUGACUUCUAAUAAGUACGCAGCUUGGGCUGUGGAGGUUGCUGAGCGUACCGCAUCCUUGGUUGCCAAAUGGCAAGGAGUUGGUUUUACUCAUGGUGUUUUGAACACCGAUAACAUGAGCAUUUUGGGACUCACCAUUGAUUAUGGUCCAUUUGGAUUUUUGGAUGCAUUCGAUCCAAGUUACACUCCAAAUACUACCGAUCUUCCAGGCAGAAGAUACUGUUUCGCCAAUCAGCCUGAUAUAGGCUUAUGGAAUGUUGCACAGUUUGCCACAACUUUAUCUUCUGCUGAAUUGAUAAAUGAUACAGAGGCAAAUUAUGCCAUGGAAAGAUAUGGGACCAAAUUUAUGGAUGAGUAUCAAGCUAUAAUGACUAGAAAACUCGGUCUUCCCAAAUACAACAAACAGUUGAUCAGUAAACUUCUUAACAAUAUGGCUGUUGACAAAGUCGAUUACACAAAUUUCUUUCGGUUACUAUCAAACAUCAAAGCUGAUGUUAACAUCCCAGAAGAGGAGUUGUUGGUUCCACUGAAGGCUGUUCUGUUAGAUAUCGGGAAGGAGCGCAAAGAAGCAUGGACUGCUUGGGUAAAAACCUACAUAGAGGAGCUAGCGUCUAGUGGCAUCUCAGACGAAGAGAGGAAGGCCUCAAUGAAUGCAGUGAACCCGAAAUACGUUCUCAGGAAUUACCUCUGCCAGAGCGCCAUUGACGCUGCUGAACAAGGCGAUUUUGAGGAGGUUCGAAGGCUGCUGAAAGUAAUGGAACGGCCAUACGACGACCAGCCAGGAAUGGAAAAAUACGCUCGAUUGCCUCCCGCCUGGGCAUAUAGGCCUGGCGUCUGUAUGCUUUCUUGUUCUUCUUGACUUGUUUGUGUUUCUCCCCACGAUAUUAUAAGAAAAUUCUUGGCCUUUUUUCCCAGUUUCUUUUCCUGGGUUUGAAAAGAAGUUGCUUUUACAAUAGAUUGAUUAUUUAAAAGAGCAAUUUCUUGUAUAUAUAUAAUAGUGAAAUUCAGUUUUUGUUUUUUUGGCCUCUUAUAACAAAGAGCAGGUGUAUAUGUUCCUUGGCUUGAUGUAGUAUAGCCAAGAGGCAUUAUUCAUUGAUUAUUAUGUGAUUUACACUAUAUGGAGUUUAUGUAGCUAAGUAAAGGUGGACCUUUUCUUUUAUCUUUCCAAA